GAGUGGUCGGCACAACGGGACCGCUCUAGAGGCUGCGAAGUGUUUGGCUGCACCUUGGCUGCUGUCUUUUAGCUGUCUCUUAGCUGUCUCUGACUCUGGGCCGCGACCGCAAUAGUUGCUUGCUGGGUGAGAGCCUGCUGGCGACGCUUUGGCUCCCCAACGACGCCCUGUGUAGACCUUCUGCGCCUGUUGCGCGAGCCUUCCUCUCACACGCUCCGGCUUCUGCGUCUUGCAAUAACUGACCGUGCUUCCCACCCAUCGACCUUGUAGUUGCGACUCUCACUACUCCGAGCAAACACCACAGCCAUGUCGGACCCUCUCCCCGCAGAGGUCGAGGCCUCGUACUCGGUCAUCAUUGACGACAUUCUUCGGGCGAGCGAUAUAAAUACCAUUUCUGCGAAGCGCAUACGAAAGGGCAUACAGGAAAGAGUCGGCGAGGACCUGUCGCAUCAAAAGGAACAAAUCACCACGCUCAUCAUGCAGCGCUUCGACAAGUUCAACAGCGAGCAGAACGGCGGCUCUGAUGUCUCGGAACCCACAAACACGGUCAGGAAUGGCACAAAGACAUCCAACGGCGAUACAUCAGACAUGUCCAACCAUAAGCGAUCGCCGCCCGAUGACGAGUCUGUGCUGUCGGGGCCUGACGAGAACCCGCCACCCAAGAAGAAGAACAAGAAAACCAAGGUGAAAGAUGAGGAUGACGACGCGGCGUUUGCAGCCAGGUUACAGGCAGAAGAGAACGCGCGCAUGGGCAGGGCAACACGGGGCGGAAACACGAAGCGGAAAGCGCCCGCGCCUAAGAAGAAGGCCAAGAAGAAGAGCGCAAACAAGGUCAAAGACGACGACGACAGCGACGUUGGCUCAGGCAGCGGCGGCGAGAAGAAGAGCCCAAGUCGGAAAGGAGGCUUCCACAAACCAAUGGCCCUCUCCCCAGCCCUGUCUGAACUGCUCGGCGAAACACAACUUUCACGGCCCCAGACGGUCAAGAAGAUUUGGGAAUACGUCAAGGCGCGCGACCUGCAAGACCCCAAUGACAAGCGCCAGAUUCGCUGCGAUGACGCUAUGCGCGCCGUUUUCAAGCAAGACCGUGUUCAUAUGUUUACCAUGAACAAGAUUCUUAAUCAGAACCUGUACGCUGUGGAUGAGGUGGUGAGUUAAAGUUGGGGUUGGUUAGUAGUUUUGUUUGGGGGAGAGUGUCAGCCAACAAAAAGCUACAUACACGACUAUUUGCUUAGUCUAAUGCUUCCCCCUAUUUUUUUCAUUCUUCGUCUCUGUCCUUUUAUUUCUUUCGUCCUCCUGAAUUUGGAU